GUGGGACUGGGGAGGUGGGGAGUUGGAAGUUGGAGGUGGAGUAAUCCUGCAGAAUCUGAGCUGCUGUCCUCAGCUCUGGGGAUGUAAAUUGAUGAGGUCAUAGUGUUUUCCAGUUACAGAAAAGAAAGUUAAAGGAAAAAAAAAAUCUUCAGCUUGUUUUUCAAGAGAGGCAAAACUCUGAGAAGUCGAAGAAAUGGAGCAACUUGCAAAACUCCUCCUGUGGCAGAUUUUGCUUCAGCAAAGUUCUGUGUGCUCAUAUUCAGUCCCAGCUGAUGCCUCCAACCCAGCCAGCGUGGUGGUGUCUGUGCUGAACAUCAGCGCUGUGCUGGGCUCCCAGGCUGUGCUGCCCUGCAAGAGCCACCGCAUGGUGUGGACCCAGGACCGCCUCAACGACAGGCAGCGCGUGGUGCACUGGGACCUGCUCAGCUCCUACUAUGGGGACAGCAGGAUGGAGAGGCUCUGUGACAUGUACUCAGCUGGGGACCAGCGUGUCUACAGCUCCUACAACCAGGGCAGGAUCCUCAUGCCCGAGAACGCCUUUGCAGAUGGGAAUUUCUCACUGGUGAUCAAAGGUGUUGCAGAGAGUGAUGAAGGCACAUAUUCCUGCAAUCUUCACCAUCACUACUGCCACCUGUAUGAAACUGUGAAAAUCCAGCUGGUCAUCGCCAAGAGAGGUGAGGAGGCCAGCGAGUACUGGGAUGGCGAGAAGCCGGUUUUGGUGGCCCCAGCAGGCAGCACAGUGACGCUGCCGUGCAUCAACCGCCAGCACAUCUGGACAGAGCGGCACAGCGAGGAGGAGCAGCAGGUGGUUCACUGGGACCGGCAGCCCCCCGGCGUGCCCCAUGACCGCGCUGACCGCUUGGUGGACCUGUACGCGUCCGGCGAGCGCCGCUCCUACGGGCCCCUGUUCCUGCGGCAGAAGAUGAACGUCACCCGCGGCGCCUUCGCCCUCGGAGACUUCUCCCUGCGCAUCUCCCACCUGGAGAGCGCCGAUGAGGGCACCUACUCCUGCCACCUGCACCACCACUACUGCGGGCUCCACGAGCGCAGGAUCUACCACGUGUCCGUGACAGAGCCAGAGAAGGAGAGGAAGGUGGUGAACCUCACCACACACAGCGUGGCCCCAGCUGCAGAUCCAAAUGUGGUCAGGGGCCACAAUGUCAUCAAUGUCAUCAUCCCUGAGAGCAGGAUGCACUUCUUCCAGCAGCUGGGCUACAUCCUGGCCACUCUGCUGCUCUUCCUCGUCCUCCUCAUCAUUGUGGUCCUCAUCACCCGCAAGCGCCGGCAGAGAGGUUAUGAAUACAAUGUGAAGAAAUACGGAGAGAAGGAUGUGAAUCUUAAAGAAUUUACAGUGGACACGACAGAUCUGACCCCACACAAAAGUGAAGACAUCAGACUGGAUUACAAAAACAACAUCCUGAAGGAGAAGGCUGAGCAAGCCAGAAGCUUCCCAGCAAAGAACAUUGAUCUAGACAAAGAUUUCAGGAAGGAAUACUGUAAAUGAAGGCCCUCCCAAGCUGCUGGCUGGACCAGAAGCUUUCAUCAGAGAUAGAUAACGUGGAAGAGAGAUGCCUUUUCUUAAUUCCAUCUCCCUCCAAUUUCCAUAGAAUUUUUUCCACAUCCACUUUUCCCCCACACAAGGGUGCAAAUGCUUCAUGAAAGAGUUAAACUGUCUUGUGUGCAUUUAUGGGGUUGGGUUGCCUUUCCUUCUUCUGUUCUUCCAAUCCUCCCUUCCCCUUUUCUUUCUUGACAAUUAUUGUUGGAUUUUAUGCAUCAAUGAUUUUUAUGAGCUGAAUCAGCAGAGGUUUUGCUUUGAUGUUAUUGCUUUAAAUAAAACCACCUGCAUCACUAAUUCUGAGCCAUGAUUACACC